AACACACAAUUAUAAAUAGAAAAAUUAAAAUAUAUUUUUAUUAAAUUAAUAAAAUUACUAAAAUAUCAUAUUUUAAAAGUUUCAUUGAAAUAUCACCUAGAAAAUCUUUAAAAUAGCACUCAUUUUACAAAAGAGGAGUAUAAUUCCGAAACUCUAAUCCUACUCACCAUGAAUACUAACCUUAGCCACCAAACCUUAAAUGCAAAUAUUAUAUUUAAAAAAAAAUGCUAUUUAAAAAGGUUUUCUGCUAGUUUUAAGAUAAAAGUAUUUCAAUUCUAUUUGAAAAGUAUUUUUAACUAAUAAUUAUAAAUGAAAUGAAAAAGUUGUGGAAACAAACCCCAUUAUAAAUAGAAAAAAAGAUAACCAAAUAAAAAUAUCGUCUGUGAAACCACACCAACAGAAUCAGACGCCUCAAAACUCGGAGUGAAUCUCAAAAGCCAACAUGGAGGGAUCGUCAACUGAUCAGGUUAAAGAUGUUGAUUGCAUCAGCAAACUCCCUGAUGACGUAUUGCUCGUGAUAUUAUCGAGACUUUCCACAGAAGAAGCUGUGAGGACGAGUCUUGUGUCCAAACGAUGGGAACACGUGUGGAAGCACAUAUCUCAUCUAGUCUUGAACAUGUCAAGGAUUAUCAAUUCCAAAGAGCCUAUUGAUGGUUCGAAUCGUGUUGCUACAUUGCUGACUAAGAUUAUAAACAAUCACCGUGGACAUUUAGAGAGCUGUGUAAUCAACCAUUACACAUACCAAAGUGUAAAUGGAAUGGUCAAUACUUGGGUUCAAGCACUGACUUGCUCGAAACACACCAGAGUUCUCACACUUACAAACCACUAUGCACAACAUCAUGCUUAUUUGGAUCGAACGGGGCCCAACAAGUAUCUUGAAAUUUCCACCAACCUCUUCUCCCAUCCAAGCCUUAAGUCACUCUCACUAAUUUUAUACAUUCUCGAAACCUCACAUCCUUUGAGCUACUGCCCGAAUCUCACGACACUCAAACUACUAUGUGUGGCCUCUGAGGUUGGAGUCUUUAACAGCGUACUUGCAUCUUGUCCUUCUCUCGAGGUGCUUGUACUAGACAUCGCUUGCGUCAAGAAAACUGGGGCUCCUUUGAAGAUUGAGAACAACAAAUUAAAGGUCUUGCUAGUGACGUCGUCUUGCAAACACAUUGAUGGCAUCAGAGUGUCAGCACCUAGUCUAGAUAUUCUCGCCUUCGUAGAUAUAUAUUUCAAGAAAGAUGACAUUUUCAUUGUUGCUCCAAGACUUCAGUGUAGUAGAAGCUUUUGGAUUAGGCCGGCACUCACGCCUCACAUCGGCUACAACAUAUCAAAGGAGAAGAAAAUUAUUUGGCAUGAAGAGUUAGUGAGCUUGUUUGGUAUAAAGUCGAGGAUAACGGCAGGAUCCUUGUCGGUGAGUGUGGAUUUAAAUAAUCCAACAGAAUUUGAGAGGUUACAGGAAGUCUUGCAUGCAUGGACUCAUAAAAUGACAGAGCUGGAGAUCAUAUUCAAGGAUAACAAUGAUCCUAGUGAAGAAAAUGAUUCUUGGAAUAAUAAGAAGAAGGAUAAGUACAAAGAUCCGUUCCCCAAUGCUGAAUUCUGUGUGAAUACUGUGUGCAUGCUUAACUUCAGCGGUUCAGAGGAAGAGUUUGCCUUUGCGUCAUGUUUGAUUAGGCAAGGGACGGUGAUAAAGAACAUGAUGAUCAAGAAGACGUCAUUUCCUGCAAAGAAGGUGCUGGAGAUAAAAACGGCAGUAGCCAAGCUACGAGCACUUCGAACGAUACAUCAACGGAAGAUUACCAUAAUAUAUUUCUAA